CUGAUUCCCGAUUCUAGAAUCUUAACCGCACUUGGGACCAGGCCAGCAGGUGCUCUUGACCCGAUCUCAUCCCGCCCCAUCCCGAAUUCGACUCUUGGUGGAUCGAGCACGGGUUUUAGGGCUCCAUUGACUCGAGAGAAGACGGGUUUGGAGCCUUCUCUCGAGAUUGCGUGGUGGACGGGCACAGCCGAGAAGCCAUGUGCGUCAUGGUAGCUCGGGUGACUGAGAGGAACUGGGUUUGAUCGGCCAUUUGAUCGGUUCGCGCUGAAACCUCGAGCGAGGAGGUAUCGGUGGUGAAUUGAGGUCAGGAAAGCAGUAACCAUGGUGUGCAUACGGCAGGCGACGGUCGAUGACCUGUUGGCCAUGCAGAAUUGCAAUCUUCUCUGUCUGCCCGAAAAUUAUCAAAUGAAGUAUUAUCUCUACCACAUCCUGUCGUGGCCACAACUUUUGUAUGUCGCAGAGGAUUACAACAAAAAGAUCGUGGGUUACGUGCUGGCCAAAAUGGAGGAAAAAGAGGAUCCGUCGGAAACCCAUCGGAAUGCCGCGGGAAAAGAGGAUUCGUCGGAAUGCCAUGGUCAUAUUACCUCGUUGGCAGUGCUGCGCACUCACAGGAAAUUAGGGCUGGCAACCAAGCUCAUGAAUGCCGCCCAGCGUGCAAUGCAAGAGGUAUUUGGAGCAGAAUAUGUCUCACUGCACGUGAGGAAGAGCAAUAGAGCCGCGUUUCAUUUGUACACGGAAACUCUUGGCUACAGAAUCAACGAUACCGAAGCCAAGUACUACGCUGAUAGCGAGGAUGCAUACGACAUGCGCAAGGAGCUGAUAGUGAGGGAGAAAAGUGACAAGUCGUCUGUCGCGUCUGUUACGGCUAAGGUUGAGAAAUUGUCAGUGAGUGAUGCGAAGUCCGACUCCGCAGGAAAGAAGCCCGCAGAGAAGGCUAAAGACGACGCUGGUCCUCCAACCUCGAAACGAGGCAGGGGCGAUAAAAGCCAGGCUCCAGCAGCAGCAGCCGGGAAUGGCGAAAAGGAUCAAGGCAAGAAGGCCAUCGCUGGAGGUGGAGGUGGGCAAGUUGCCACUUCUGUUGCGUAAUUCAACGCUCCUCUCGUGCCAAGGUAGGCGGGCACUGGAGCUCACCAGCUGCGACAUUUUACGUUAUCAGCACCUUAUCAGCACCGUGGGUGGCAGUCUGUAUGUAGGUGAGAUGGUCAACUAAGUUUCUGUUUGUCGAUAUUCCAGCACGAAGGGCCCUUUCGGCUCUUCGGAUCUUUUGGUUAGUUAGAUGGUGGUUCGAUGUAGUGCGUGUUCCCGAAGAAGGAGUAUUGUUAGCCACUUAUUGCAUGCCGGAGAUCAGUCGAUGGCGGUCUUCGAGGUUUGACAUCAGGCAAUGCCUAUCUGCUAUUUAUUGCAAGCAGGAAUCAGGCUUUUGCCCUUUGUGAAUUGGUUGCCCUGACGAAGAGUAACAGCACCCGAGGCUCUACACAUUCUCUUAGAACUGGUUCAAAGUCGCGAGGGGUUGCCCCAGACUUGAGGUUUCUUGCGAACGUGACAGAAUUGUAGAAGGCGAGCUUAAAGCUUGGCAUUCUUAACGGGUGAUGUUCAUGUUGAAUUCGGAGCGGUUUGCAAAUGUUCAACACGAACAAAACACUAUAUGCACUCUGUUUGCAGAGUGCAAGCUCAGCUGCACGUGACGAGCGUGGUUUUGAUAGUUACAACACACAUAUACAUGUGAUCUUGUCAUCAUGUGAAGUAGGAGGAAUUUGUUUCUUACAUCUUUGUAGGAACCGAGAGCAGAACGAUUCGCCACUGUAUGAGAAAGAGGAUUAUUAUGUCUUGUUCUCUUCAAGGGCCCAUGAUUUUGUCAGCCCUGAAACGAAGUCUGAGGAUGACAUGCUUAGGAUUUUGAUUGACAGUUGAAUAUUCCAGCAUGGUCGAAACCGUCAGCCAAGCGCAGUGAUAAUUUUGUCUUGGAGGGUUUCUUCGUUUGCCCAUGCCCUGCUUUGUAUCGUCAAUCAAUUUCUUACAAAGACAGAGAGAGGGCAGCCCCCUCUCUCUAUCGUUGUCAUUCUUCAGAUGUUGAUUCCCAACAGGCAUGUUGCUGGAAUCAAUUUUCACAGCCGAUGUGAACCCUGGUUCGGUAAAACUGUCACUGAAUUAUAUGCAGUGUGAUCUGCAUGAGAAGAGCAACCUGGAACAAGAUUGUUGAUCCAACCACAACCAUGCCGUAAUAUGUUGGUUAUGUUGACCUGUAACAACGUAGCUAUGGUUUAUGGGCGUAAUAGACGUUUGUGUUUUUUGACCUUUUUUCCAGUCAGCAGGGUGUUUGUUUGCAUGGCUCGUAGCGUUGCGUUCGUUCUCAAGUAUUUUUCCUUGCUACUUCCUGCAGUAAUCAUGAAGGCCUGGUUGUCUGAUUUACCAGGACCUGGGCGUCGAUUAUUUGUCUUCUUUUCCUGUUUCUUUCGUGUGUAACAUGCAUUUUGUGACUUUUGUGAUUCUACGACCUUUCAUCAAACUUGUUCUUUUUCUCCUCUUAAUCGAUGGAAUUCACGACACAAGUGGACUGUUGAUGUGUCACGUCUGUUCAACGUUGAGAUCAUGUAACGGAGCCUAGCAGAGUAAGAGAUGGUAUUCAACAUGGUCUGAUAUGUUAUCCAGAAGACCCAAUCAGACCUAAACCUGUCUCUACACCGUGGAUAGUUUACUGUUUUGAAAACUUCUUGUGAGGUACACUUUUUCGACACUUGUGUCACGCACGAGUCGAAGAUGACGUGAAAGUGGCAGAAGAAGUGUGAGUUACCUUGACAUUUGCUGGUCUAUGGAACAUGGAACUCGUCUAGGUUCGACUGCGAAAAACUUGGUAACAAGUCUCACCAGAAAACUCUGGAACAUUCAUGGGUUGCCGACUCAGUGGCCACUGAAGGCAACAUCUUGCAGGCUCUAGUCCUCAUUGUGAAAGCAGUCUUUGUGUACCAUUCGCACUCAGUCUGCCCUGAUGUUGUGUCACUCGUAACAUAUUAAUGAGACUUGAUUGUCGC